AUGCUGUACUACUUGAGCACGAUCAUGCUUCACAGAGAGUACUUCCCCUUCUUACCAACCGCCGACUUGACACCUCGCGGUCCUAUUGACCCUCCCCUUCUCGAGGCCGAAGCACCACCGGGCUGGUGGGACGAAAGUGCAAGAGAGCUCUUCAACGCAGCUGAACAGAUCGCAUCUCUUCUCCAAGAGGCAUCCGAGUGCGGUAUUCCACUAAUGACGCCGUUCUCCGGGUUUUGUGCCUUCACCGCCUGCUUUCUCAACCUCUACGUAUUUCGAUUUCCCAGGAUGAAUCUCAAUCGAAGCUCAAAAGCAGAACAGCUUAUGAACUGGGGCUUAGAGUACCUAGAAGAAUUCCAGAAUGCCUGGGAACUAGCAGGAGGCUGGAUCAAAACGAUUCAAAACUCAUCACUCUUAUACAAAAGAGCAACCGAAGACGCAGGGCGCUACCGCGGAAGAUCAAGAGCCGAUUUCGAAACUCUGCACCAAUCGAUUCACGAAUAUAGAAUCGUGGAUAGGUCUGAUCAGCAUUUACAGCAGAUCAGCCAUGCAGAUCGAAACUCAGCAAGGCGUGAGGAAGAAGCUGUGGCGAGUCAAGUUCAGGUGCCUGGUAAUAUGGGAGCGGCUGUUAAUGCUUCGGUGCCGGAUCCGUUUCCGAAUUGGUGGUCCAUGUUGCAGGAGGUGGAGUUUACGGAUGUUGGCAAUUUGUGGAAUGGGAUGCGUGAGCUAUGA